GCCUUAAAAACACACGAGGCCCCCGCCAAGCCCCUACACCGUCCCUGUGUACUCGCAUGGAUGGCCUGCCUGUCUCACGCAUGGCUGAUAGGUAUCUCUGCCCCCGUCGCCAUGUCACGGAUCUUCCUCAGCCUGACCUGCGCCCAGUUGAAGACGAUGUACUCAUCUCCAGUGGGCAUGCCCGUCAGAUGCACCGAGUCGUAUCCUUGUGCUUUGAGGCUCGUGUGGGUGUACUGGCCGGCCCCCAAGAGGGCGGAAAUCUUGAGGCUGUUGCCCAGGUACACUCGCGCCUCGAUCAUGCAGCCUGGACUGUGAGCCUUGCCCAUGGUGGCCUGUUCGGACGCCGCACUGACGAGACACAUCGACACAGGCGCAGAUGAGACGGAGACAGCUGAUGGUGACUGUAUGGUUUCCGUGGUUUCGUCUGCUUACAAGUAGAUGCCGCCCCCAACGAUGCCCGUCGAUCCCCGCAUCAUCUUCCGGCCCGAGGCGAUGGCCUGAGCGGAGGCCGCGGAUGUCUGAUGGUAGAGUGUGAUGCCCUUGGGGCACUCGGUGGCCCAGUGGUCGCUGUCCUUGUCUCCACACAGACGGCAGUAGUGCUUGUGCGCUUUCUUGCAGCCCUUGACACGACAUUGCACCGUGCAGUUCCUGGUCAGGUGGUCGUUGAUCUUGCCGCACCGUCGGCACUUGUGUUGGGAGUGGUCGAUGCGGCAGCCUCGGACGCCGCACGACUGGCGACGGGGCGACGGGGAGCGGCGGCGGUGGCGAGGCGAAUCACCGCCCUGCUGCUGGUGCUGCUGCCCCGAUAUGCAGAGGUUGUUGAAGAGCAUGGCUGCGGCCAGCACACGCGGGUCACACACAUGGGCGGCCUGAACGGGACAUUCAAAUCCACGGUGAGAGGCGGAGGAAGUGCCUGCAGUGGUGGUGCGUACCGGAGCUGCAUUGGUGUUCUGGCUGGUCUGCUGAUUGGUGUUCUGAUCGGCCGUCUGGUCGGUGUUGUCCUGCUGGCCAGCUCCCGUGGCGGGCGCAGGGGCUGGCGGAGGCGGCUGCAUCAUUGACGUCAGCAGCUGUGUCGCAAGCAGCUGGAACAACACACACCAUCGGCCAGCCUUCGCAUCCACUGAGUGCAUGCGCAUGUGCGUACCUGCAUUAUCAGGGGCUGCAUCAUCGGGUUGGCGCCACCCGGGGAGCCAGACGAGCAGCCAGACGACCGACGAGACCUGCGGGACGAUGUAGCCUGACAGCCACACACAACAGACAGCAGCACCAGCCAUCAAUGCAUUGAAUGCGGCCUUCCCAUCCCCCCGUACCGUGCUAUCGUCCGAUUCGUUGCCGUCAUCAUCACUUCCGCCCGAGUCAGCGGCCGAUCGCGCCCGACUCGACGAGGCCUUCCGCAGCUUGGGGCAUGCAGACGAAUAGUGAUCAGAGUCCUGCACACAGACAAACACACAGAGAGGCGGUCGCGUCGCAUCAUCGGCCUUGGUUCAUGUCGGCACAGGACCGCGUCGCCGCAGGUUUUGCAGUAGUGCUUGCCCGUCUUCUGGCAGUUGGGGUGAGUGCAGGAAGGGAUCCUGCAGCCGCCGGAGCGACUCGGAGCCUGACAGACAGAGAAGGACGCAGAUCAAGCAGCGAAGAAGAUGUGUCCAGGAUGCGCGAGCUGUCCGUCAUGAGCCAAUCUUCCACACCUGCGACAUUCGAGGAUGCCGCCGCCUGCCAGACACCUCCAAAACGUCCGAAAAAAGGAAAGAGC